AUGGACACCCAAACCCUUGAUCUUCUCAAGAUAAGAGAUGAUGUCACAUGGUACAUAAGGAAGCUAGGCUUGAGCAAGCUCUUCAAGCUAGAGUGUAGUGAGUACUCACAACUCACCAAGGAGUUCCUCUCCACAGUAGCUCUUGCCUUUCCCAACCACAAUGGAGACCAACCAGCUGGUGAUGGACUCCUACUCUUCAAGAUAGGCGAUGCCAAUGGGCGCAUCUCCAUCUCAGCUCUAUGCCAACUCUUUGGACUUCCCAAUGAGACAGCACAUGACUUCAAGGAGAACUCAAAGAGGAAACAAGCUGCCUUUGCUGAUUGGACACACUUUGCCAAUGAACCAUUCUUGCCUUCAAGAUCAAAGGUGUCUAGAAUCACUCAUCCAGCCAUUCGCUAUGUGCACCGCCUCAUCUCCACCACUUUCCAAUGCAAACAAGAAGCCAACAAGGUCACAACUGAUGAGUUCUACAUCCUCACCACACCAUUCAUCAAGCAUGAGUACAAGGCCAACCUUGGACUUUUACUUGCCAAGACAUUCAUCAAUGUGAGGAAGCUAGCUCAAACUUGGAAGGCAACAAGAAGCUUUGUGUUCGUUUUGGGAGGCUUAUCACGGCCAUAG